ACCAAAACAAUACCUGAAAGAAGAAUGUAGUUGUUGUUGCCGCUAAUGAACUACAGACUGAUUCUUCUAAUGUAUUUGUAGUUGUAAGAAUUGCCUAGUAUAAGACUUUAUUAAAAACAGCAUAUCGCAUAAUUUAAAGGGUUUGUUUUGUUAUCAUCUGCUGAAAGACCCCCAGAGUACACUCAUUUACAAAAACACUUGCUUUAUGUGGGAAACAAAGUCAGUGCGGAAGCUUUUUCAGUACGGUAGAAGCUAAUGGGACCUAAUGGGAACAAUAUUACUGCAGGAAUUAUUGUUAUUAUGCAGAAAAAAAAUAAAAAAGAAAAACCUUGUGAUGUUAAAAAAGUCAUAUUAAACAGAAAAAAAAAAUGUUUUGUUGAAUAACUGUUGGCUCUUUGAUUUAUUUUACAGUUUCUUUUAAUAUGAGCACAACGCCCCUUAAUGAUGCACCUCAUCCUGAUGUGUCCUCUGGGAGCAUGCAAACAUUGGUCUCCAGGCCCUUGCCCCCCCACCCAGACCCCACUACCACUAAAAGGGUGUGUUUCUACAAAAGUGGGGACCCUCAGUUCACGGGGCACCGGAUGGUCAUCAACAGCCGCACUUUUAAAACCUUUGAUGCUCUUCUAGAUGCCCUCUCCAAGAAAGUGCCUCUACCAUUUGGGGUAAGGACCAUCACAACACCAAGGGGAACACAUGCUGUCUGUACUCUCGAUGAUGUGCAGGAUGGGGGUUCCUAUCUGUGCUCAGAUCAGAAGAAAGUCAAGCCUUUUAACUUGGACGAGGUCCACAAGAGACAGGUCCCUUGGAACACUACCAGACCCGUCAGUGCGGGACGCCGAGCACGCAGAGCUCUGGUCCGGCAGCUGGCAAAGAAAAAUGAAGUGACCACAAGGACAGUAAAAAUGGCAGAAAACACUGUGGUGGUGCGGACACCAAAAAGACUAACGGUGUAUAAAAACAGGGAUCCGAGCAUGAAGCGAGUAAUUGUAGUUCAUAGGAGAACAGCACCAAAUUUUGAAGCUCUUUUGGAUUAUCUUUCUCAAGUGAUGCAGUUCCCAGUUGUGAAGCUGUACACAGAAGAUGGCAUACGAAUUGAAGGACUUCCUGCCCUCAUUUUGUGCUCUGGGAUUGUUGUGGCAGCUGGUAACGAACCCUUCAGAAUAGAAAACUACAAUUUCCAAGCUCCCAGAAAAAUCCAGUCAAGGAUAUCUGAAUCCUUGGGUCCAACACAAACAGAGACACUACUACAAGAAAAAAAGAUUCCAGCUGGGACUUUUUCAAGAUCAAGGAAUUUCUCUUUAUCUUCUGAGAGGUUCCUUGUAGAGCAGAUCAAUAAGUCACUAAAUGGAAAUCUGACAGAGCACAAUAGGACAGAGAAUGAAUCAAUGCAGACCGAAGGUAGUCAGCCAGUGGGAUCAGAUGAGAUGGAGACCUGUGACUAUAUGGAGGGUAUGGAGGAGAGGAAUUACCCCAUCAUGCCUACUGAAGACGACAUUGAAAAAUCAUUCCGGGUCAAUGAGGAUGGCAGCAUGACAGUGGAGAUGAAGGUGCAUCUUACUAUAAAACAAGAGGAAAUGAUCCACUGGACAACUACACUGAGUCGCACCUCCGUUAAUAGCCAGCAGAGGGCAGUGUGCAAUUCUAAGCCAGAAUCAAGUACAAAAUCAUUAGAUGUAACCAAUGACUCAGGCAAAGACUCAAAUGGACCUCACAGCCUAGAUUCAAAAGAAAUCAAUACACUCGCUAACAAAUCUGUAGGAUUCAUCAAGGAAGAAAGAGAAAAUUAUGGCAGUGAUGCAUCUUCUGAUAAACCUAAGCCCAUCUUUAGAAGGCUGCCCACUCCAGGCCCCAGACAACAAAGAAAAGAGGCCUCAGUCGAAAACAUCAAAACUGUUUCAGAGACUGAAGUUCAGGAGAGUACAGUGGGUGCAUACUCGUUCAUGGAGCGAACUGCACAGGGAGAGCUGACGGAAGGUUACUGUGUGGUCAGUCGCAGCAGUAGCAGCAGCACAAGAACCUUGUCAAAACCUGGGAAGAGUGAAUCAGGAGAAGUUAAGCAGAAGAAGUCUCACUCCUCCUUCAGAUCCUCAGGCAUGGCAGAGGUUCUCCAGCUACAAAACAAUGGGACAAUGGGAAUAACAGAGACUGUGGUGCACAUAUAUGAAACACAGGGUGCGUGUGACAAUUACUAUGCAAAUACACUGGUGGAUGUGGACAACAAGCCUGGAUACCACACAAAAGCUUUGCCUCAAAGUAAGCCAAGCUCAACAGACACAGGACCCCCUUCAUCAAGUAAUGAUUGUGAUGUGGAUCUCACUAGACAGUCCACAAGCUCUACCUCCCAGGAAGGUGGAAAAACUAAUAUGCUGUCAUUGUCGUCUGCCUGUUCAACACCUCCAAAAAAGAUAAACAAAAAUCCAUCUGUCCUCACUGAUGAUGAAAAACAAACCUUGGUUGAGUGCACUUCUGAAAAAAAUGAAAAGAAAAUUAUGCAUCCAGCAGUCGCAAUGGAACACGACUCCGAUGAUAAAAGUAUUGUUGGUAAUAAAAAUAAUACCCCAAAGUCCAAAAAAUCAAAGAAAAGUACUUCUUCUGAAUCAUCUGGGCUUGGAAAAAAAAUAAAGGGCAGUGCUCCAGGCUCUUCAAAAGACCUGCAAAUGACGUCAGACACACGGAGCCACACAGGAUCAGAGAAAAAGACUAGCUCAGCGGAAAGUGACAAACGUGAACACAAAGCCGUAAGAGACAAAAAUAAGAAGAUGAAAACAUUUGAAAGUUCUCCAAACAGUAAAAACUUGAAUCUUGAUAUUGGUAAUCAAAGAUGGUCAGAUAAAGAUCUUAAGCUAAAAGAUAAAGCCAUCAAAGACAUCUCCCACAAAGUAAACAAAAAUGACAGUGACUCUCAAGGGCCUAAACUAAAGAAGAACAGUUUAGACAUUCGAUUGCCAGCCCAUCCAGCUCCAAAGAGGCUACCGAAACAAAGGUCAAUGAAUGGCGUCAGAUCAAAAUCGUCUACACAAAAACAGGAGUUGAGUGAAAGUGUGUCAUUGCCUGUGCUACAGUCCUCUUCCUCCAGUGUACAUCAAUAUGUUGAAAACUGGCUGAAAAAAAUUGAACCAGAAUCUGUGCCCUAUGAUGAUGAGACGGACCAUCCAGAGAUUGUACCAAGGGCGGUAUUUCGUAUAGGGAGUGACUCCUCUAUGCCCACUGAUGGUUCUGAGAUUAAAAGUGACCCUGAAAAGGAUAAUGUAGAGGAUGAAGGACCUGUUCUAGAACAUAAUGCUGACAAGAGGCCAAUGUCUCGCCCACCUGUACAAAUAAGGUGUGAGGGAGAUCCAACCGAGCCACAAAGGCCGAUAGGCUUUUGUAAAUCGAUGCCAAUUUUGAGGGUACAUUCUGAACAGGAGGAUCUUGUAAGAAUGCACAAGUCAUCUGAGAACUUGGUUCUCCCAGACCCUUCUGGGACAUCACAAAGUACAGAGGUCAGUGUUAGGUCAGGCAUGAAACCAGUUUUGCAACAGUUGUGUUUGUCUGUUCAGUCCAUCAAGCGGGCAUUGAGUCAGACCCGCUUAACACCUGUGGAAAAGGAAAAGUCCAGUAGUGUCCCGGACUUCUCAUCUCAGGUGGCCUCUGCCUUUGGUUCUCCAUCCAGAGCUUUUGUGUCCUUCUUGUCACUGAUGACUCUGAGAGAUGGUCUUCCAGUCCUCUACAAAGAAGAAUCACAAGCCAGCAACUCCAACGUCUGCCCAGAAGCCCUGCAAGUAAUGCAGUCCUUGGAAAAAAUAUCUAAUAUUAAAGAUGAAGAUGAGCUAAAGGCCAGCUUGACCAGUCUUCAGAGUUCAACUUCGUCCAAAUUAAAACAAAGCUGGAGAGAUUUCCAAGAGCAAAAUCUCUUUGGAGAAAGUCCGCCACUCUCACCAAAACUAUCAGAGCAGGAGUUUGCCGUAGAAGUGGACUUAGGAGAAACGGAGGAUCAGGACAAACAGAACAAUUUUAGUAUAGAACAGUUACUGGAUGAACUGAACAUGCCUGAAGAUCUUCACAGAGAGAUUUCCUCUCUUGUUGAAGGAGAACUAAAGUAUUUUAAUCAGACAGACUUAAUCAAAGAUGCUGAUAACACCAGCGAAAACUCAGGUAAAGAAAAGGAAAAUAGUGAUGGCUCCUUGAGUGGUAGUUUAGAGAAAGCUGCUGACAUGGAAGAGAAAAAUGAGAAUGAUGGCCAAGAUAAUGACACAACCAAUGAUGAUGUAACCAAUGAUCCCAAAACACCUGAAUCUCAGGAAUUGCAUGCAAUUCGACCUCAUUCCCCUGACUCGGAAACUAUAGAAAAGGACCUUGGUAAUGAAGAUUCUGGCAUAGCAGUACCCAAUCAAUCACCCGAGGGUAAUGGUAGUGAUUCAAGUAAAGCAGAGGUUUUAGAAACUUCUGAUAACAACCAGAUAUAUGCAGAGAACAUGCAAGAAAGGAUAAUCUAUGAAGACUCAGAAUCUGAAAGCAAAGAUGCUGAAGAAAAUUGUUCUCCAACAUCAGAACAAAAGAUGAUAGAUGUAGUUGGAGAAGAAGUUUCUGAAGGCCAAGACAAUAUGUCUGAAAGAGAAGACAAUGUAACUCCAGAGAAUAUAGAAGACACUGAUGUUGAGGAGGACAUUAUACAGAACAUCAGGGAACCUAGUGAAAAAUCAGAUGCUUCAGAACCUGAUGACACAGACGCCAAACGCUCUUGUUCAGCAUCAGAAACUGAGUGUGUGCAAUUUCCAGACAGAGAAUUAGCUGAGCCUAAUGAGGACAAUCAGUACAGUACAGCUGAGGACUGUGUCAGAGAGCAAACUGAUCAUUCUGAUUUUGAGGAAACAAUCGGUGAUGGAGGACAGGAGCAAGAAACCAAGUCCAUCUUAUCAGAACGCGAGUCCCUUCACUCAGAGCCCUCCGAGAUGUCAUCACCUCACCAUGAUACAGAGGGUGAAUGUAGAGAGCAAACAUUAGAAUCACCCAGUCAAGAAGAUGAUCAGGUGAUAUCUCCAGAUGCGGAUCAACAAGAAGAUGCUACUCCAGAUGUCUCAGAAGGUGAGGAUCCUGAUCCACACUGCAGUAACAUUAGCCCUCAACGUGGCAGUAAUGAUGAGAAUAGUAUGACCCCUGAAGCUGAAUAUGAGAAAACACAACAAAUUGAAGAAGAACAUGACAUUAAUGAUGUGGACCAUGAGAGCUCUGAAGUUUGUGAAAAUGCAGAUCCAGAUGCUGAAACGAUCACAGAUCCUGAGGCUGUGGAUGAGGAUGUGACAGAAAAAAAGUCAUACACAAGUGAUUCCGAACCCUACAAAGUUCAGACUUUAGAGGAAGGUAGUCACACAGAUAAAAAGGACAGUUCCACUGAAGAGUGUGAUGUAGAAGAGGACGAUUGUGGUGGUUUGCUUGAUUCUCAUAAUAAUAAUGUGAAUGGUGUUCGACACUCUAUUGCAUGUACUGAUACUGAAGAUUCAGUGGAAAGGGAGUCAUGCAGCAGUAUGAGUAAAAAUGAGCACCAGUUUGAGAAGGCAGAGAGUUUGGGUAUGGAACAUGGAUAUCAUUAUCUUCCACAUCCAACUGAGAUCUCACAAGAGCUGUUAGACUUAAUCAAUUCAGCUUUGUUGUCCUCUACCCUGACUCUCACAUGUGAUUCAAAUGGCAACCUCAGAUUGGAGCCAGACAAAUGCAAAAUGAGGGAAAUUUUCAUGGCUUGCCAAAAGACAAAUGAUCAGUAUGGUCAAAAACGUCUCCCAAGCCCUAAUACAUCAGAUCUGUCUGAUUACAGGCCUGACACAUCUGACAAUGGCGGGUACCAGUCGCAUGAGCUUUUUACCGAGAGUGGAGAAGAGGAGGAGGAGGAGAGGUUACGUAUCUUUCGAGAAAUCAUAAAACAAAGCACAGAGAAGCCAUGUACAAAAAACCAUGUAAAAGAGAACGGCUUGACGAAAUCGUCUACAUGGAUGAUGACAAAACAUACUCCCAAUCCAAGUUUAAAAAGCAGUAGUCUUGCUUCUUUUCAGGAUGCUAAAAGUGCAAUACAAGAACCACUUUGCCACAGUAGAUCGCCUAGUGAUAAAAGUUCACUUGAUGGAGACUCUGAGUCAGUGCAGCGCAUGGCUUUAAGAGAUAACGUGGACUCUGGAGACGGAGUGCUUAUUGAUAAAGGCAGGUGGCUUCUCAAAGAAAACCACCUCAUCCGAAACUCUCCUCCUGUGUCCAUGGGAAUGUAUGGAAAUGGAGACACCACAUCAGCUGACACAGCUCAGGACAACAGGAGUGAGGAUUUACCCUACCCGUGUUGUGAGAACCAAGCCUCGCCUCUGGCGGUAAUAUCCUCUUCAGAGCUGGAGGACAUGGCUAAACCCCCUACACCGAAGUGUACAUACUUCAAUAUGUCACAUUGCAGUGACUCCGAUCCUCUCUUUGAUGCCCAAAGUGUUAACAGUGGCAGCGGUGGAAGGAGGAACAAGGAACUAAAGGUAUCUCCGAUGGGUGAGACUUCUAAAAUGUGGGCAAAGAAAAAUGGAAGUAUGUCUUCAUUUGCGUCUGUUGAGUUCAAACUGCCUGAUGGAAAAGUUCAUCCACAGGAGGGGUCAGGAUCUGGUACUAACAGAUCUCAGAGUCAUGACAGUCGGACAGUACAAGAGGAGGAGUCGAGGGAGGGUAUAAGUCUCAGGUGUGGGCAGCACUGCCCAAUACUAUAGUUCAAAAGGGAAAAUGUACCAGCUACAAUAGCUUCUAUUUAAGGUAUUGUCAAAUUUCAGUUAUUUAUUGUAGUUUAUAUGCUUAAAUUGUUUCAACAGCACAUAUAAUGUAAAGACAACUGCAGUGAUAAGACUUUAAUUUCCUCACUUGGGUGCCUGCCGGACUUUAAGCUUUUAUGUGUUUUAAACCAUUUUGGGCUAUGUCAAACAUGUCUUUUCACUUCACAGGGGCUAUAUUGCACAAUUGAUCUGAUUUACUUGAAUUUAUUGAACUUCCUAAGUGGUAUUUCUCAUAGAGAAAAAGUAAGCUUUAUUGUUGCAUUUCCUAAUGUGGGCCUGUCUCUUAUUUGAAUAAUAAGAUGAAGAAAAAAAAUCACUUUCAGCACCAAAAUAUGCUUGUUUAUUUUUUCCAGAGAUGUAGAGACUGGCAUACUAAAAUAAUAAUAAUAAUAAUAAUAAAAACGAGGUAAUGUGCAAGUUUAAAACAGCGUGCAAAGUACCUUUUUUGAAGGGCGGUCUGCUGAAUGAUCUCUUAAGAUGCGUUGCCUCAACUCUUCGAGCCAUAUUUCAAAGUGGCUAAAUCCCUAAAUUAUAUAUAGAAAUGUGAUUACUGUUACUUUAAAUAACGUCAUGUGGUUAGAAUAGAAAGAGAGUGAACAAUGCUCUGUUUUCUGUUGUCAAAAAUGUCAAACUGACGAAACAGAUAUUUAUGGUUUGAAUUGAUUGCUCAUUUUGAGAUUUUUAGUGUAUUUUAUGUUUUGAGAAAUGUUUUUUUUUUUUUUAAAUGCAGUACUAAUAUAGCACUAUAUCCUCGGAAAGAGAACAAUGUAAAAAUCUGAUCGUGCAUGAAGGCAGCUGUCAUCAUUAUCACAUUAAACGUGAUUAUUUUUAUUGUGCUAGGAUCAAAUAAAAUAUACAUUAAGCACCUCUACAAAGGAUCUAUCUUAUUAAAGGGUAUACAACAAUUGUAUAUAGGUCUUAUAUACUUAUUUCCUUUAGCUCAAAAGCUGUUGUUUAAUAUACAUGCAGACAUCCUCAACUGAUUGACAUCAAUGAAACUUAAUGUUGCUUUACACAGAUAAAAUUUAAUAAAUAUAUGUAUUACAAACAGAUUAAAUAAACUGGACCAGAAAUCACCAAAAAAAAUAAGGGUAUAUAGGCAGGGCUCAUUCUGAGGGUUCCUGGAUAAGAGGACAAAUUAACUUAGUUCCCACAAAACUGUGUUGUUAAGCAGUGUGGGGUUUUAAGGAAAUAUUGCCUAUGGAAGAUCAAACAGCUAAACUUGACUUUAAUGUCAGUAUAUGGGAAUUUGAUUGCCAUAUAAUGUGAUUGCCUAUUUCAGAACCUAGACCAUUGUGGCUGCUAUCCAAAAGAUUUUAAUUUUAUAAUGCAAAUGGAGAGCUAAUUCCAUUUUUAUUUUUUUGCAAGAAUGGAAAAUCAUUAUUCUAAUUGGACGAUUUUGUUGACUUUGAAAUAAAAACAUGCUACUAAACAAUAAAUAUUUGUUGAUGA